CGCUUUCCGGCCGUCUCUCAGAACGAGAUCCCGGGAGCACCCUCCUCAGUCAGCUGUGUCUGUCGGACAGCCGGCCGGACAGGAGUCGGAAGCUCGGCGCGCCGCCGCCCUCCUCGCCGCGUCCGUCCCGGGCCUCGGCGAUGUGAGCCCGAGGAGGCCGCGGUGCCCCCCUGGCCCGGGGGUUGAGGCGGUGAGCAGGUGCCUGCCCGUGAGGCGGGCGGGCGCCGGGAGCCGGCAGGAUGGAGGAAUGCAUGGAAGAGGAGGAGGCGCUCACCUACGAGGCGAUGAUGGACGACCAGAACCACAACAACUGGGAGGCCGCGGUGGACGGCUUCCGGCCGCCCCCGGCGCCCCCCUUGUCGGCCUCGGUCGGGGCCCGGGAGCCCCCGGGGGGCCAGCUGCUGGCGGUGCCCGCGCUCUCGGUGGACAGGAAAGGCCCCAAGGAGGGGCCGCCGGGGCCUCCGCCGCCGCCGCCGCCACCGCCGCCGCCGCCGCCGCCGCUGCCGGAGACCAACGGGGUGAUCAUGAUGCUGAAGAGCUGCGACGCGGCGGCCGCCGCCGUCAAGGCCGCCCCGGCCCCCGCCCCCAGCUCCGCCAUCAACAUCAACACCUCCACCUCCAAGUUCCUAAUGAAUGUUAUAACUAUUGAAGAUUAUAAGAGCACAUACUGGCCAAAAUUGGACGGUGCCAUAGAUCAGCUUUUAACCCAGAGUCCUGGUGACUAUAUCCCCAUAUCCUAUGAACAGAUAUACAGUUGUGUGUAUAAGUGUGUAUGCCAGCAGCACUCAGAACAGAUGUAUAGUGACCUGAUUAAGAAGAUAACUAAUCACUUAGAGAGAGUUUCAAAGGAGCUGCAGGCCAGCCCGCCAGAUCUCUAUAUUGAAAGAUUUAAUAUAGCUCUUGGACAGUAUAUGGGAGCACUGCAGAGCAUUGUGCCUCUUUUCAUAUAUAUGAAUAAGUUUUACAUUGAAACCAAGCUUAACAGAGACUUAAAAGAUGACCUUAUAAAGCUGUUUACUGAACACGUUGCAGAAAAGCACAUUUACAGCCUAAUGCCUUUACUAUUAGAAGCCCAGUCAACACCAUUUCAGGUCACACCUUCAACUAUGGCAAAUAUUGUGAAAGGCCUGUAUACUCUCAGACCAGAGUGGGUUCAGAUGGCUCCAUCUCUAUUUUCUAAAUUUAUUCCAAACAUUCUCCCUCCGGCAAUGGAAUCCGAACUUUCUGAGUAUGCUGCUCAAGAUCAGAAACUUCAAAGAGAACUUAUACAAAAUGGUUUUACAAGAGGUGACCAGUCCCGGAAGAGAGCUGGGGAUGAGUUGGCUUAUAACAGCUCAUCUGCAUGUGCAGGUUCCAGGGGCUACAGAUAGUGAAUGUGUGCAAUGACCCGUCCUUCAGAGAGAGGGCGCACUGGAGCUGCAGGGACUGUUGGAGCACAGCGGCCUGUGCCACUCAGGAGCUCCGUCGCAAGGCUGUUCUUGGAAGAGGAUGCCAGAUUUCUUACUUUUGUUUGUAAUUUUAAAAAACAAAAACUUAACAAAAAACAAAGACAUAAAAACACAGUUGCUGCUAGACUUGGGGGUGAUUUUGAACUGGGACAAUCUUAGUGAGUUUAUUUCCAAAUUCGAUGAGGAGCAAGCAUCUUGGAAAGUGACUGACCAUUGCUAAGUGAAAUCCGACAGCCAAAAUCAGCAGCUUUCUCCAAAAAUAUAAGAACAGAAGAAUCUUCUUUUUUUUUUUUUUUUUGAGGCACUUGGUUAUUUGUGGACUUGGCACUUGAGCAUAUUUGUUUCACAUGUCAAGAUUCUUUUGCUUUAAAACCAAAUAGUUGAUUACAAUGCAGUAUUUUUCACGCAUAACCUAAACAAUCUGUUUAAAAAUAAGAGUUGGCCUUUGUUUAGCAUUAGAAAGUCUUUGAAGGAAGUUGCUAACUCUGCUUUCACUACAGCUUUCCCCAUCAGUUCACAACGUUUUUCUACUCUGUGCCUUUAGCUUUGUGCACUUUGCAACUGUGUGAUGGUGUUGUCAGACUCCCAAAUGAUUUCUGGAGAAGUUGGUGGUAUCGCAAGGCAACCCAUCAAGAUGGCAGGUGUGACUUGUCAUGGGAUGCUAUUAAUGGGACAACAGAAUUGCUUGCACAUGGCCCCUGCCAUGCCAGGGUGUGCUUCUAUUCACAUGUGGACUAACUCAGAGCAUCUCCAUUCCUGCCAUCACCCUCACCUCAUUUCAUAGCCUCUGUAGGCCAGGGGUGGGCAGUGCUGACGCACCAAAGCCCCUUGUAAUAUUAUGGAAAGUGCCCAAGUAGGAGCUGCUUCCUGUGACACUCUAGGGAGCAAUAUAGCUGUUAAAACCAAAUAUAAUCCACAGUGUGGGGUUCCUGAUCCAUUUCAUUUUAAUGGGUGAGACAAGUACUUAAAAAAAAGGUAGAGUCGUCUCUGCAUCUUCUUUUUGUGCUUUUGAGCAAACUAGAGAAGGUGCAGUGGUGUUUGAAGGCUUUCUUCCAGCCAUGGCAAAUUCUUAUUUUUUUGUUUUGCCACACCCACAGUGCUGUUUCAUAAGUCUCUAAGGCUUUUCUAGUUGUUUUCGAAAGUCAAGAAAAAAUAGAUGUGGCAAGGAAGAAAUUUUUUCUUUUCAGUUUUGCUUGAACAUAAAUUGAGCAUAGGUUUCAGUCUGUCACGUUUCAUCAGAGGAAUAAUAUUUACCUCUUUGGAGAACUGGGAUGGAGACACCCCAGGGAUGCUGCUGCACUUUUGAUAGACAUGUUUCUCAGCUGCCUUGGCCAGUUCAGCAUGUCCUUUGCUUGGAGUGUGAUGGUGAAAGAGAAGUGGGAUAUUGAGACAAAGCAUUGCAACUAAUGGAAGCCCUUCAUUCCUGAGAUGUGUGCAAAGCAGUAAAAGGAAAGGUGGUCAGAUUUAAGUAUUUAUCAACUAGAUUGGUAAGUUGUUUUCGGAGGUUUUUAAUUGGGCUCAUUUACUCUCUGAAUGUCAGGUUGCAGGGGAGAACACGGGAUGACUGCUGGAAAGUGUGCAGUCUGUUACUGUGACUCCCGCACAGCUCCCUGUGUGCCGGCAAAAGUGCCACUCUAUCCCAGGCCCAAAUGUCACUGCAGUGUUUGUUGCAGGCUUAUAAAUAACAUUCAGAACUGACAUCCUCUUGAGUAGUUUUAGCAAUAUUUCUGAAGGGAAUAAAAUUCAAACCUUUCUUUAAACAAAGGUGACUUCUUCAUUAUUCUAAAAAUUCACCCAAAUCCUUUUCUGGAAGAGAGCAUCCUUAUUGGCCAGAGACAGAACUUUCCCUAUAAAAGCAUUAUAUUUUGAUGCAAAUUGGCAUUAAAAUUCCUGGAUUUUAAUGCUUUUGCAUUAUUGUUAGUGGAAAUGUUUUUUUUUUUUUUUUUUUUUACUUGUGUAUGUGUUAAGUAGGCAAAGGAAAAUCUAAGUUUCUUAAAGUUUCUUAAAGUUUUUGUAGUGACUGUAGCCAACUGUGGAUUGAGACUGUGUUCCAUAAAGCUGUCAUUAGAAAGCAUUGGGGGUACAAACACCUAGUGCAUGUGUCCUGGUUCUUAAGUAUCUUGGCCCUUUGAGGUGCAUUGCAGUUUGAAAUUUUUCCUGUUUUAAAUUGGAUUUGCUUUUUAAUUGAAAUCCUUAACAGAAUUAUUCUUAGUUUGCAACAUGAAAGGAAAAAAAAAUUUGCCCUCCUCCCAUUUUGUAUAGACGUAAGUACUGUUUGCCAAAAAGUAUUCACCUUUCAUGAUGAUUUGUAUUCUUCUUCCCAUGACAUGAUAGUUUUUUUCUACCCUAACUAAAUACAAGCUUUUAUAUCAAAUCAUUGAAAGCAAAAGUAAUUGAAGACAGUAUUGUUCAUGCAGGUUGAUCAGUUAUAUCGAUUAUUCAACAUACACAGAUAAUUUGGCUAAACUGGCUGGUAUAUAUGUAUGGCCUAAAACUAGACCCUUACUAAGGAAGCCAGGUCUUGAAAUAAUGACAUGUCAAAGUAAAUAGAUGAUGGUUGCUUUGAGAAACAGUAUAUAUUUUAAAAGCUGGCUUUAAGCUUUAAGUCUGUGUCACAUCUGAUGACCUCUGUUGUCACAGUUGCCCCCAGAUCCAGCAGGAAUUACUCCUUUUUUGUCUUUGGGGCAGAAAGCAAAGCCAGGUGUGAAGCAAGGUCGGUGAGAAGAAGCACCAAUUUGGAUUGUGUAGAAAGGUUACUGUUUUCCUGCUGCAAAUGUAGCAGAUGUCCACAGCUCCGCCCCCCCCCCCUCUGCCCCCCCUUUGUUAGGAUCAGGCUUAUUUGUAGGGAGGUAAGAUUGCAGAGAGGUAGAUGGAUGCUUAUUGUCACAAACACUGCACACGUGUCCUCAGUGCUCAGACCUGUCCAUCUGCCACUCUCCUUGCUGUAUGCCACGUAUUCUGUUGGGUUGCAAAUUUGCACACAUAAGUAAUUCCUCAGGAAGAGUUUGUACAUGCAUCACCUCACAAUAUUCUGUACUGACCAAGGGAUUUAAAGGUUUCAGCACAAAAGAAUUAAUUCAAAGUGGUCUGUAUAUUUGCUAGCAAAGGCAAUGGUGGUUCAGCAAACAGAAUUGGUUUCUGCAGUUAUUAUGUGAGCAGGAGCUCUUGUAUCAUAGUAUUUAAAUAACCUAUUGAAUCUCCUUGUAGACAGUCUGUGACUCCAAAAUUUUGUCAUCUUACUGAGGUUGCCUGUGUUUUUCUGGGUUUUUUUUCCCCCCUGUCUUACAGCAGUUAAUUAUUUCUGUGAUUUAUGCAAGAGGUAUUGCCUUGGAGCUAAAACUCAAUUAUUAAGCAGCUAUUAUUAGACUAGCUGAGCAUUGUUUUAUGAAUAUACACUAAUCUGAGAUAUUAAAAAACAGCUAAAAGGCAAACAGAAAACCUGCAUUGGCUAUUUCCAGCCAUUGUUUGGAUGUUUUAAAUUGAUUUUUAUGGUGUGUCCUUGAGCAUUUAGCUUGCAAUAUUAAGUUUACUUUUAUCCAAGUCUAGACUGCUUGAAGGGACUUUAAAAUUCAAGGUCAAAUGUGAAUCCCUUGGCUGACACCUAUAAGAGGUCUAGAGGACCUUCUUGGUUGUAAUUACUAUUUUCAAUAAGAUUGUGUAACAUGAAAUCCAUUUUUAUUAGAAGUUAGAAUGGAGGUCAUAGGAGUUCAUGGAGACAUGACUCUCAUUACUUUCAUUACCCUGUUGAAAUUCACCUCAUUUUCAGAUCACCAGAAUACAUGAAAGGAGCCCUGUUUUUUCCUAAGGAAAAUGACUCAUCUUUUGUCCCCUCUCACUUUGAGUAACUGUAGUCAUUAACACCUUGCCUCCUCCACUGUCCCAAGACCCUAAUUUGAACUGCUUUCCGGAACCCAGUGGCAUGAGUAGAAGUUUCUGCUUAUUGAUGGAGUGGCUAUAGGAGAACUGAAGAUAACCCUAUUCAGAUCCUUUCCUAUAGGACCAUACCUAGCCUAUGCCACAUCCCUGCUGGUGGGAAGUAUCUUCAUUUCAGGUUGGACUGCAUUGUCUAGAAAAUGCUUCUGGAAAUUUUGUAGAGUGGCUCUGGGGCUAAGAAUUCUGUGGUUUGGAACAAAAUAAACAUUUUGUAUUCUCACAUGUCAUUUCAAUGUUGUGACUGUACUAAAUGCAUUCAGACUGGCUGUUCUCUUAGAGGGUGUAUUUUGUUAAACAGAUGGCAGUUUACCUGACUCUCAUUAGUCCUACUGUCUAUUACAUCCUUUAAAUGUGAAGUUGUGGGGAGUUGUGGCUAGAAACAGGAUUGCGUAUACAGAAUUUGGAGAUCAAAUACAGACCAGGGGUUGCCAGCCACCAGCACAGCCAGAGAAAGGAUAAGGCAACGAAGUCUUCGACCUGGGGGUGCUUGUUUGUCAGGUGGUGUUCUGCACAUCAGCUCAUUUGUUAAUCCAAGGAGAACAGAGUGGUGGGUAGAACCUGGAUCUAAAGCCACUGCCUUUUCCUUUUUCUUUUAACGUGGUGGAUUUUGAAUCACUCCUUCUGUAUUAGGGUAUAUUUCUAUCACUCUAUAAAGUAUUGUGAUUAUUGAAAUAAAUCUUGUACAGAUAUCCUUG